AGUACACCACGACAUGUUUUAUAGUCGUGUAGAGUGACUUUUGAUGCCUCUGUUAUGUAUGUUAGUUGUUUAUGUGAGAAAAGAAAGUCUGUGUAUAUACAUGUGUAUAUUCGCUAAUGCUAACAGGCCUAGCGGUGAGAACCGAAGCCUGGCCGCCAUUUUAGGUGCAAGUGAAUUAGAUAGACAAAAGAAUGGGUGAAGGAACAAAAUGGAUGUAUAUUUCAAUGUAUAUUUUUGUUAUAUAUAUAUAUAUAAUCUUAAAAUGGCUAUUUCCUGUCAAGUAGCAGAGCAUUCUUUAAUGGCUUGAUGGUACCCCUCUUCACCCAUAAGAGGCCAUGAUGGGCCCUAUACAGCUUUGUCCUGGAUGAUGGGAAACAUUUAGGAGUGUUUGUCAUGUCCCCAUCCCAGAAUAUUGCUUCCCCAAAAUGUCAUUGUGUCAGGACCACACACCUCCAGAUAUCGGAGCCCCCACCGUGCCUCCCCUUGCCCAUCGCAUCAAAUGGAGCCUCAUCACCAAAGAAAACAUCAUCACCAUUUUAGUCGCUUUGGAGGGAGAGGUGCGGGUCAGCGAGCGUUACCAGGACAGGGCUCGUUUGGUCGGCUACCCUUCAACCCCAACGGACGCUAGUGUCAAGAUAUCUGGGCUGAGGUCAAGCGAUUCCGGAGUCUUCCGCUGUGAGGUUCAACACGGUAUUGAGGACAGCCAUGAUGACGUCCAUGUGAAGGUCAGAGGUAUUGUUUUCCACUACCGGCCCAUUCUGGGUCGCUACACGCUUAUGUUUGAGAAGGCGGGGAAUGCGUGCGCGGAGAACAGUGCGGUCAUGGCUUCACCCGAACAACUCCAAGCAGCUUUUGAUGACGGACUCCACCAGUGUGAUGCUGGCUGGCUUUCUGAUCAGACCGUGAGGUACCCCAUUCAUAAUCCUCGCAUCAAUUGCCACGGCGACAAGGAGAAUCUUCCCGGAGUCAGGACGUACGGAUCGAGACAGCUCAAUGAGACUUACGACGUCUACUGCUUUGCUGAGAAAAUGACAGGCCGAGUAUUCCACAUCACAUCGGCACAAAAGUUCACUUUCUCCGAGGCUACGCGGGCGUGCUCUCAAAAAGAAGCCGAGCUGGCCACCACCGGUCAGCUGUACUUGGCCUGGCAGAGCGGGAUGGACGUCUGCAAUGCCGGUUGGCUGGGUGACAAAAGCGUACGCUACCCCGUCAGCAUCCGGCGACCUCAGUGUGGAGGGGGUCUUCUGGGGGUGCGAACCGUUUACCUCCACACAAACCAGACAGGAUAUCCACCUCCUGAGUCUCAUUAUGACGCCUUCUGCUAUACGGAGUUCCCAGAUGAUGAGGGUUCGGGAAUCUUCCACGAAGCUAACGGCGUCUUGAGUGUCACUCCGGUCACGCGGAGCCAAGAGGUUUUCUUUGCGAAGCCAACGACAGAGAGCGAGGUGGUUGGCGAGGUGGAGACCCGGCAGCCCAGUGAAGUAGACGUCACCUACACACAGAGUCCUACAGAGCUCCUGUCACCUGGAGUCACUGACACCCCCACCGAGCCAGUAGAGAAAGCCACCUCCCAAAUCAACCUCGGCAAGGAACUCGGCAAAGUGGUUGCGACAACUCCAUUCGAAGACCUUUCUGGAUCAGGAGACAGGGGCAUCUCUUCCGGAGACCAGAUUAUCUCCAAUGACCUGCCUGGCUCCGGAAUCCUGUCCGGUUCUGGAGACCAACUGGACUCAGGAGAGUUUUCUGGAUCAGCAGACGAGAUCAUCUCUGAAGAACUGUCUGGCUCUGGAGACCAACUGGACUCAGGAGAGUUUUCUGGAUCAGCAGACAAGAUCAUCUCUGAAGAACUGUCUGGUUCUGGAGACCAACUGGACUCAGGAGAAGUGUCUGGAUCAGCAGACUCUGAAGAACUGUCUGGUUCUGUAAUUUUUUCUGGUUCUGGAGACCAACUGGACACAGAGUUUUCUGGAUCAGCAGACAAGAUCAUCUCUGAAGAACUGUCUGGUUCUGUAAUCCUGUCUGCUUCUGGAGACCAACUGAACUCAGGAGAGUUUUUUGGAUCAGCAGACAAGAUCAUCUCUGAAGAACUGUCUGGUUCUGUAAUCCUGUCUGGUUCUGGAGACCAACUGAACUCAGGAGAUUUUUUUGGAUCAGCAGACAAGAUCAUCUCUGAAGAACUGUCUGGUUCUGGAAUCCUGUUUGGUUCUGGAGACCAACUGGACUCUGGAGAGUUGUCCGGAUCAGCAGACAGGAUCAUCUCUGAAGAACUGUCUGGUUCGGGAAUCCUGUCUGGUUCUGGAGACCACCUGGACUCAGGAGAGUUGUCUGGAUCAGCAGAUAAGAUCAUCUCUGAAGAACUCUCUGGUUCUGGAGAUGAACCUAUCUCCAGAGAACUGUCCGGCUCUGGAGAUACGGUGGGCAGUGCGAGUGCUGGCCUGCCUUAUGAUACAUUUGAUGUUAGCAGUGCUGUUUUUUCUGGAUCAGGGUCUAGUGGAGAACAACCAAUUACUGAUGUUGUCUUUCCAAACAGUGACACAGUUCCAUCUGGAGAAGGCUCAGUUUCAGAGGGUUUCCAAAAACCAGAAGAGGCAGGCACAGAAAUUCUGAGACUACCAUCUUCUGGUGGUAGUGGUGACCUAUCUGGGUCCGAGAGAGAACAUGACUUCAGCUCUGGGGAGAGUGGUUCAGCCAUGGAAUUUUCAGGGGAAAGCGGUCAAUUCUCCGGAACCAACCAUGACUUUUCUGGUUUCAGUGGCCUCUCCGGGUUCUCUUAUUCCAGUGCAGAUGUUUCCGGAGCUGGAGAUACUCAGAUCUUGUUGAUAGAUGACACAUUGAUUGACGCAUCUGCUCCGAUCACCCAAAAAGAUUAUGAAUUGGGAGGCGGACUCCUGAUGUCCAGUGGCUCUGGGGACAGUUCUGGGAUGUCCGCUGGUGAUGCGAGUGGCUCAGCUUCUGGAAGUGGUUCCGGGCUCUUUGUGGGUAUGAACUUUGAUGGGUCAGGGUCUGGAAUAUCUGGAAUAUCUGGAGAAGGUGGGAAUGUUACGUUCUUGUCCGAGGAAGUUAUCAAAGGAGUAUCGAGAAACUUGACGGCGUCUACGGAAAGUAGACAAGGGGCGGCAGAGCACAACGAGACAGAAGUCGAUAGCAGUGGCGGUGGCUUGACCGCCGCAAGUGGAAAUGUCACUUGGACGGUUGCUGGAGAGCCAUCACGGGCAUCACCGUCGCCAUCCACAGAAUACGGAUUCCCCAAGACCGUCACACCCACAAACUAUCGGACUCUUGCGUCUAAAAUCGACCCGGCAUCACUGUCUUCUCCUCAUACUGUUUUUAGACCGCUUAACGGCGAUGGAAAGGAUGCUGAACACAUGGAAGAGUUCGAUGUUUGCCACUCCAAUCCUUGUGCCAACGGAGCCACCUGUGUGGAAAGUGCUGACUCUUACAAAUGCUUAUGCCUGCCAAGCUACGGAGGGCAGCGCUGUCAGAUUGAUGAGCAGCCGUGUGACGAGGGCUGGAUUAAGUUUCAGGGAAAUUGCUACCUGCACUUCACUGAUAGGGAGACGUGGUUGGAUGCGGAGCAACGUUGCCGGGACUUGAACGCACAUCUGGUCAGCAUCAUAACACCGGAGGAGCAACACUUUGUCAACUCAAAUGCACAGGACUAUCAGUGGAUCGGACUAAACGACAAGACGGUGGAAAAUGACUUCCGCUGGAGUGACGGCACGCCGCUGCAAUACGAGAACUGGAAGCCAAACCAGCCGGAUAAUUACGUUCACUCCGGAGAAGACUGUGCGGUGAUAAUCUGGCACCACAAGGGCCAGUGGAACGAUGUGCCUUGCAACUACCAUCUACCAUUCACCUGCAAGAAAGGCCCCGCAUCUUGCGGGGCUCCACCCGACGUCGCGAAUGCUUCCACGUUUGGCAGCAGAAGGGAGGAAUAUCCUGUCAACGCAAUCAUCCGUUAUCAGUGCAAGGAAGGAUUCAGACAGCGCUACCCACCAGUGGUGCGUUGCAAGGCGGAUGGACAGUGGGAGGAACCCCGGGUGGAGUGCAUGGAGGCAUCUUGCGGGGCUCCACCCGAGGUUGCGAAUGCUUCCACGUUUGGCAGCAGAAGGGAGGAAUAUCCUGUCAACGCAAUCAUCCGUUAUCAGUGCAAGCAAGGAUUCAGACAGCGCUACCCACCAGUGGUGCGUUGCAAGGCGGAUGGACAGUGGGAGGAACCCCGGGUGGAGUGCACGGAGGUCAAAGCAAGACGAAGAAAUCAAGACGGUCCUAACAUUCGUUAGGAAGAAAAAACAGAAGAGACGACUAUUUUUACACAACAUUUACGGCACACAGAAAUCAUUUUGUGGCACAUUUUUAAUAUAUUUGCAUUAUAUAUAAUAAUUUUAUUGAUUUUAUUUUCUAUACAGUAAUUGUAAUAUAUUUUUCACUGAUUAUUUUAUGUUUUAAAAGACUGAUUGGGCAAACAAUGUGUAUUUUGGGUCAAACUCAAGACUGAAAAUAAUCCAUCAAGUCAAAAACGUGGCACGUUCAAGCACGUCAAAAAACGCGUUCCCGGUUGAAUUGGGAUUGUUAACAUCAAGCUAGCAGGAGCGAGCCGUGUCUCAAGAAUAGACAUUUUUAUGGACAUGUAUACAUUUUUUUUUUUUUGCCAUUCCCGGGUGAUCCCGUAAUGUGACUCCUGUGAGUAGUGGAGGUCUACGAUCCAGUGGAACCUUGGUUAGCGUGGUUUUUGGUUUACAUCAAAAAUGUUGCCUCGGUUUGCGUACAUUUUGCAAUUCAUGUACAAUAUGGCGCACAUCUUGUUAACGUAGUAGAUUUUUGAAACGCAAAUAAUUUAUUGGAACCUCAGUUAUCAUGCUUUUUGGUUUAGAUCAAAAAUAUUGCCUCGGUUUGCGUACAUUUUGCAAUUUGUGUACAAUAUGGAGCACAUGUUGUUGUUAAUGUGGUAGAUUUUUGAAAUGCAAAUAAUUCAUUGGAACCUCAGUUAGCAUGCUUUUUGGUUUAGAUCAAAAAUGUUGCCUCGGUUUGCGUACAUUUUGCAAUUUGUGUACAAUAUGGUGCACAUCUUGUUAGUAAUGUGGUAGAUUUUUGAAAAGCAAAUAAUUCAUUGGAACCUCGGUUAUCAUGCUUUUUGGUUUAGAUCAAAAAUGUUGCCUCGGUUUGCGUACAUUUAGCAAUUUGUGUACAAUAUGGCUCACAUCUUGUUAUUGAGGUACAUUUUUGAAAAAGUAAAACAAUUCAGUGGAACCUCAGUUAGUGUGUUUUUUUGGUUAACAUCAAAAAGGUUGCCUCUGUUUGCGUACAUUUUGCAAUUCAUGUACAAUAUGGCGCACAUCUUGUUGUUAAUGUGGUAGAUUUUUGAAAAGCAAAUAAUUCAUUGGAACCUCAGUUAGCAUGCUUUUUGGUUUAGAUCAAAAAUGUUGCCUUGGUUUGCGUACAUUUGGCGAUUUGUGUACAAUAUGGUGCACAUGUUGUUAUUGAGGUACAUUUUUGAAAAAGUAAAACAAUUCAGUGGUACCUCAUUUAGUGUGUUUUUUUGGUUUACAUCAAAAAUGUUGCCUUGGUUUGCGUACAUUUUGCAAUUCGUGUACAAUAUGGUGCACAUCUUGUUGUUAAUGUAGUAGAUUUUUGAAAAGCAAAUAAUUCAUUGGAACCUCAGUUAGCAUGCUUUUUGGUUUAGAUCAAAAAUAUUGCCUCGGUUUGCGUACAUUUUGCAAUUCGUGUACAAUAUGGCGCACAUCUCGUUGUUAAUGUGGUAGAUUUUUGAAACGCAAAUAAUUCAUUGGAACCUCAGUUAUCAUGCUUUUUGGUUUAGAUCAAAAAUGUUGCCUCGGUUUGCGUACAUUUUGCAAUUGGUGUACAAUAUGGCGCACAUCUUGUUGUUAAUGUGUUAGACUUUUGAAAAGCAAAUAAUUCAUUGGAACCUCAGUUAGCAUGCUUUUUUGUUUAGAUCAAAAAUGUUGCCUCGGUUUGCGUACAUUUUGCAAUUCAUGUACAAUAUGGCGCACAUCUUGUUGUUAAUGUGGUAGAUUUUUGAAAAGCAAAUAAUUCAUUGGAACCUCAGUUAGCAUGCUUUUUGGUUUAGAUCAAAAAUGUUGCCUCGGUUUGCGUACAUUUAGCAAUUUGUGUACAAUAUGGCUCACAUCUUGUUAUUGAGGUACAUUUUUGAAAAAGUAAAACAAUUCAGUGGAACCUCAGUUAGUGUGUUUUUUUGGUUAACAUCAAAAAGGUUGCCUCUGUUUGCGUACAUUUUGCAAUUCAUGUACAAUAUGGUGCACAUCUUGUUGUUAAUGUAGUAGAUUUUUGAAAAGCAAAUAAUUCAUUGGAACCUCGGUUAUCAUGCUUUUUGGUUUACAUCAAAAAUGUUGCCUCGGUUUGCGUACAUUUUGCAAUUUGUGUACAAUAUGGAGCACAUCUUGUUGUUAAUGUGGUAGAUUUUUGAAAAGCAAAUAAUUCAUUGGAACCUCAGUUAGCAUGCUUUUUGGUUUAGAUCAAAAAUGUUGCCUCGGUUUGCGUACAUUUUGCAAUUGGUGUACAAUAUGGCGCACAUCUUGUUGUUAAUGUGGUAGAUUUUUGAAACGCAAAUAAUUCAUUGGAACCUCAGUUAGCAUGCUUUUUGGUUUAGAUCAAAAAUGUUGCCUUGGUUUGCGUACAUUUGGCGAUUUGUGUACAAUAUGGCUCACAUGUUGUUAUUGAGGUACAUUUUUGAAAAAGUAAAACAAUUCAGUGGUACCUCAUUUAGUGUGUUUUUUUGGUUUACAUCAAAAAUGUUGCCUUGGUUUGCGUACAUUUUGCAAUUCGUGUACAAUAUGGUGCACAUCUUGUUGUUAAUGUAGUAGAUUUUUGAAAAGCAAAUAAUUCAUUGGAACCUCAGUUAGCAUGCUUUUUGGUUUAGAUCAAAAAUGUUGCCUCGGUUUGCGUACAUUUUGCAAUUUGUGUACAAUAUGGCUCACAUCUUGUUAAUGAGGUACAUUUUUUGAAAAGCAAAACAAUUCAGUGGAACCUCAGUUAGCAUGUUUUUUGGUUUACAUACACAUUUUCGAAGCGGCCACAAUGACGUAGGUUACCAAAAUUCAGUCCUUAUUUGGACGUGCCUUUUGACUGCAACACAUUGUUUUUGGCAGAACGUCGUGGAAUUCGAUAACAUCCAGACACAUCCUGUUUCACAAUCAGUUCACGAUAAUGUUACAUUUUUGGGAAAAGGUGGGCAAAAAAUUAUAACAUUAUGGGAAGAAAAGAUUAUUAACUUUGAAAAAAAAAACAGCAAAAAUGGGGGAAAAGUAGCAAAGACAUGCGGUGAUAUUAAUAAUAUGCUCACAUUAAUAAUACACAAACACUAAAAUAUAAGACGAGACAGGAAAUAGCAAAGUAAAAGCAUGACAUUAUGCAUGUUGAUGUUUAUGCUUUAACUGAAAAUACAUAUACAUGAACAAGGAAAGAGUAAAUACUGCUAUAAAUACUGUUUUUUUUUUUUACUUCACUUCUUCACGCAUGGGAUAUUAGCAGCCAUGGAAAGAUACUUUACCAGAAAAUAAUCUCCCAGGUCCAUGUGAGAUUUUUCCAUUACACAAGGUGAGCAACCCGUCAUUAUAUUCCACGUACAAACAACAAACACACCUUUCACGUGUUUUCUGACUUUCAGUGAGCUCUGCAUUUUCAUGUAAAAGGACCCCUGACUCAGAGAAAUAGUAAAACCAUGUUGAAUUUGUAUUUUACCCAAAAUGGCUUCCUUGUACAUGACGUCAGUUUUGCCUUGUAACUCAAUGGAAUCCUUUCAAGCAUCCUUUCCGCUCCCCACCCUCCACAAAGACCUGCUCACUGUCUGUACCAAGCCAUCCGUAUAAUGAGCAAAAACAUUUACAUUUUCA